UCUGUUCUAUGCACAUCAAAGUUGAAUUCAAAGAAGAGCAAGAAAAUAAUUUGAAUAUAAGAGGAAAGAUUUCAAGAUACCCAGUUGGAAAAGAAGGAGAGCAAAGAGAUCUAAUCAACAAAAUCUUUUGAUUCAGAGGACCACCAUCACGGUUUCACCCAUGAAGAAACCUGCAUCAACUUCGACUUCGACUUCCACCUCAACUUCAAAACCCACUUCUGUUCUUCCUUAUAAGACCCAGAACCUCAGAGACCUUUACCAGAUCGGUCAGAGGCUAGGGCAAGGCCAGUUUGGUACUACGUAUCUUUGUACAGAGAAGUCUACAUCCAUCCAAUAUGCCUGCAAAUCUAUACCCAAAAGAAAGCUUAUUUGCAGGGAGGAUUAUGAGGAUGUAUAUAGAGAGAUUCAGAUAAUGCACCAUUUGUCUGAGCACGCAAACGUGGUGAGGAUUAAAGGGGCUUAUGAGGAUUCUUUGUUUGUUCAUUUGGUCAUGGAGCUAUGUGCCGGCGGGGAGCUCUUUGAUCGGAUUAUUCAGAGGGGGCAUUAUAGUGAGAGGCAGGCUGCACAGUUGAUCAAGACUAUUGUUGGGGUUGUGGAAGCCUGUCACUCUCUUGGAGUCAUGCAUAGGGACCUCAAGCCUGAGAACUUCUUGUUCGCUAAUACUGAUGAGGAUGCUCCAAUGAAAGCCAUCGAUUUUGGGUUGUCCGUGUUCUACAAGCCAGGGGAUACCUUUUUUGAUGUAGUUGGAAGUCCAUAUUAUGUUGCACCUGAGGUAUUGAAGAAACGAUAUGGUCCUGAAGCAGACGUAUGGAGUGCUGGAGUUAUUUUGUACAUCUUGCUAAGUGGCGUCCCACCUUUUUGGGCAGAAAAUGAACCAGGGAUCUUCAGAGAGAUUUUACGAGGGAAAUUGGAUUUUGUAUCUGAACCAUGGCCUGGAAUUUCAGAAAGUGCCAAGGGUCUGAUACAGAAGAUGCUUGACAGCAAUCCGAAGACUAGAAUAACUGCCCAUGAAGUACUCUGUCACCCAUGGAUUGUGGAUGACACAGUUGCUCCAGAUAAACCUCUUGAUUCUGCAGUUCUAUCACGCUUGAAGCAAUUUUCUGCGAUGAACAAACUUAAGAAGAUGGCUUUGCGUGUUAUAGCAGAGAGCCUGUCAGAGGAAGAAAUUGGGGGUCUGAAAGAGCUGUUCAAGAUGAUUGACGCAGACAACAGCGGAACAAUUACUUUUGAAGAGCUAAAAGAAGGUUUAAGAAAAGUGGGCUCUAACCUGAUGGAGUCUGAGAUCAAGGACCUUAUGGACGCAGCUGACAUUGACAACAGUGGAACGAUAGACUAUGGUGAAUUCCUUGCUGCAACCAUGCACAUGAACAAGUUGGAGAGAGAGGAGAAUUUGAUUUCUGCAUUUUCCUUUUUUGACAAAGAUGGUAGUGGUUCUAUAACCAUUGAUGAGCUCCAGCUAGCUUGUAAGGAGUUUGGUCUGAGUGAUGUUCACCUGGAUGAGAUUAUCAAAGAAAUUGAUCAAAACAAUGAUGGGCAAAUAGAUUAUGGCGAGUUUGCUGCAAUGAUGAGGAAAGGCAAUGGAAUGAUUGGGAGGAGAACUAUGAGAGGCAAUUUGAACUUCAACUUGGGUGAUGCCUUUGGAGUAACAGAUUCUUGAUGUACCUAACUGACCUAACUGAUC